AAACCCGUGUUCCAACAACUGUUCCAAAGAACAUCAUGUCCUCAUCAGGUAACCAAUUUUCACUUCCAUAGCUCUUCCACUUCUACCCUUCCGGAUGAGAUACCGAAAACCUGGACAAAGAAGGUCCAAGGGCUGAUUGAAUCAGCCCUAGCAUCUCAACAUGCCUCCUUUAGGCAAGAGAUAGAGCAAAUGGAAGCCAAAUACACUCAACUGCUAGAGAAGUCAGAAGAAAAACACAGCGCAGAUCUAAAAGAGAUAGGUAAAUCAGUAGACAAAACUCUAGAGACCAUCUCUCUAUUGAGUGAUACUGUGAGCAACACUAUGGAAAUUUAUGCCUCUGACAGUCAACUUCAAUUCAAAGAGUUCAACAAAGUCAAAGAGCAAAUAGCAAGUGUCACAGUUGGUCUACAAAAACAGAUGUCCCUUCUCCAAAUGGACAUCAGAUCAGCCCUAGUAGUAGCUUCCGCAAACCAGGUAGUAAUCAAAGACUACUUGAAGGUGAUCAUUGACAAUCAAAAGGAAGCAUACAAGCUGUUCAGACUUAUUGGUGCACAUACUGGGAACCGCAAGAUGGAAGUGAUUCUCCAACAACACAACCCAUCUCUAAUACCACAGCUCCCUAUUGCAGUCAACGAAGGAGAAGCAUCUUAUAUCCCUUCUCAUCUGAACAUGACAAAUUUGAUCCUUGAAGCACAGCAACGAAAUCCGGAAAACUCAGCACAGCACCUAUCCAACUCAGGACUGGAUGGAACAGAAUUUAUAGGUGCAGUCGUUGACCACUUCUCAGAUGCUGCUCAAUCAGAGGAAAGGCGUGCAAAUUUAAAGCGCAUCAAAAAACUGUGUGGGAAUAUGCAAGGCAUCAGUGAGGUUGCCGGAUCUUCAAAACGCAAAAGGAACUGAAGGUUCUUUUCAUCAAACCAGGGGGAAAACUUAAUCAAAUUCAGUGAUAUGG